AUGACCUGGGAAGAAUUCCGGGAGUUGUUCAACUCCAAAUAUUAUAAUGAAGCCAUCUGUAGUGUUAAACGGAAAGAGUUCAACGAAUUAGUGCAAACCGAGGGGAUGUCGGUUACUGAAUAUACUACAAAAUUUGUCCGUCUGGCCAAGCUCGCUGUGGGUAUUGUGCCAACAGAUUUUAGUAAGAAAGAAAAGUACAUGGUCGGUUUGAAUAUGAACAUUAGACAUGAUCUGGUGAUCACUACCAAUGAAGCAACCACUUAUGCUGAAACGGUUGAAAAAGCUCUGAGAGCUGAGGGUGCAGUUAAAUUCCAUCAGGAGCGCCAAGUGACUCCGAAUGUUGGUGGAACCCCCAGUUUUCCUACUCCUGUAUAUGGUAGGGAUGGAGGUAAUUCCACCACUGAUCAGAAGAGGAAAGCUACCCCGGCAUUUGAUGGUUCGAGGCAGAGUAAGCGGUUCCGUGGGAACCAAGGCAGUGGUGGAUGCCAGGGUUAUUCUUAUCCUGAGUUUCCACAUUAUUUCCCUGAGGCAAAGAAAGAAGAUCUGAAGUCAGAGCUAAAACCUGUACCUGCUCGGGUAUUUACCAUUACCCAAGCUGAUGUUGCAGCCAGUUCUUCUGUGGUGAUAGGAUUUUUAGUAGUGGUAAUUGACUCUAGCAGACCUGAAACAUUUGGGCCUGAAAUAGUCAGAGUUGUUAAAGAAUUUCUCGACGUGUUUCCCGAGGAAUUACUGGGAUUACUGCUGCAACGAGAAAUUGACUUUGUGAUUGAUUUGGGAAACACAUUACUUUUGAAGAUCGACCUACGAUCUGAUUAUCAUCAACUCAGAAUCUGGGAAGAGGAUAUGGCAAAGACUGCGUUCCGAACAAGAUAUGGGCACUGUGAGUUUCUCGUAAUGUCAUUCGGAUUGACUAAUGUUCCUACAACCUUUAUGGAUUUCAUGAAUAGAGUAUUCAAGGACUUCCUCGAUAAGUGUGUCAUUAUGUUUAUCGAUGACAUCCUUGUAUACUCUCAAUUAGAAGAGGAGCACAAGCAUCAUCUUCGAAUGGUGUUCUGGAAUGUAUGGUUUGCAUUUGGUGGAGGAUUGAGUAAAAAAUCGGAAUUUAAGGGCAAGACCUCCGGGAUUGCAGAGUUGGUUGUAGAAGGAACAUCAAAUGCCACAACAAUGAAGCCAUCCACCUUCUCAUCUACAGAAAGGGUAGUUCCAAGAUCUACCACUCUGUAUUGUGAGCUACUUCCUUAG